CCUGGGGAGACCCUUUGUUCUCUGUCAGGGUCUCCCUGGGAGGGACGUGGUCAGCGCAGAUGGUCGGGGCCUGGCUUCCCUGAGGACGGUCCUUUCCCAUUCUCUGUGGAUGAAUAUCCCCGGGCUGGGACAUGAGGCCGGCAGAGGUGCAGGUCGUCCUUAGGGCCACCCUCUUGCUGCUGGGACUCUGGGCGCCCCUGGCUCCAGUCCACUGUUCUCAAGGCCAUCCUUCGUGGCACUACGCAUCCUCCGAGGUGGUGAUCCCCCGGAGGGAGACGCACCACGGCAAAGGCCUUCAGUUUCCCGGCUGGCUGUCCUACAGCCUGCAUUUUGGGGGUGAAAGACACGUCCUUCACAUGCGCAGAAAACACCUUCUCUGGCCCAGCCGUCUGCUGGUGACAACUCAGGAUGACCAGGGCGCCUUGCAGAUGGAUUACCCCUACAUCCCCGCAGACUGCUACUACCUCGGCUACCUGGAGGAGGUGCCUCUGUCCAUGGUCACCGUGGACACCUGCUACGGCGGCCUCAGCGGCAUCAUGAAGCUGGACGACCUUGCCUACGAAAUCAGACCCCUGCAGGAUUCCCCCAGGUUUGAACAUGUUGUUUCUCAGAUAGUGGCCGAGCCCAACGCAACGGGGCCCACAUUCAGAGACGGUGAAAAUGAGGGGACAGACCCCCUGCUCUCCGAACCAAGUGACAGCAUGAAUCCCAGGUUAUCUAAUUUCCUGUAUAGCUCUCAUACAGGCAACAUAAAAGGUCAUAUUCAAUGUUCUAAUUCAUAUUAUAGGACAUAUAACAACAUUACAGCUUGUUCCAAAGACGUGGUCCGGAUGUUCAGUCUCGUGGACAGCAUCGCUCAGAACAUUGAUCUGCGGUACUUUAUUUACCUCUUGACCAUAUAUAAUGACCGGGACCCGGCCCCAGUGAAUGAGUAUGGAACAAACAGUGCAAUUUUUGCUUAUUACGGAACAACCUUUUUUACUCCUUUCGGUGUCCAUUCAUCCACACUACUCAUUCAAGACGGACCACACGAGUCUAACUACGCACCUCAGCAGUAUAGGAUGUGUCACCGUGAAGGCCUGAUACACAUCGGGGUGCUGAGCAGACAUUACUUACUGAUCGCCGUCAUAGUAAUGCAGUCGUUGAUGAGGAGCAUCGGGGUGCCCUAUGAUGACAUGUACUGUACGUGCCAGAGGAGGACCUCGUGCAUCAUGCAGCGAUUUCCAGGGAUGACAGACGCGUUCAGUAACUGCACCUACGCACACGCACAGAACAGUUUCACGGCUGUCGCCCAGUGCAUUUUCCAGAAACCGUCCCCCGUGUAUAAUAAAAGCAUGACCACCAUUCGCUGCGGAAACCUGAUAGUGGAAGGGAGUGAGCAGUGUGACUGUGGCUCCUUUAAGCAGUGUUACAGCAGCCAGUGCUGUGGGAGCAACUGUCGCCUCACACUGGGGAGCCUCUGUCACACAGGGGACUGCUGCACAAACUGCACCUUCUCCCCGCCGGGGACUCUCUGCAGACCUAUCCAAAACAUAUGCGACCUUCCAGAGUACUGUCGUGGGACCGCCUUGCUGUGCCCCCCAAACGUUUACAUGCAGGAUGGAACCCCGUGCACGGAAGAAGGCUACUGCUACCACGGGAACUGCACGGACCGCAGUUUGCUCUGCAAGGCGAUCUUUGGUGUCAGCGCAGAGAAUGCUCCCGACGCCUGCUAUAACAUAAACCUUGAGAGUUACCGGUUUGGACACUGUACUCGACAGUAUGAUUCUCACACUUACCAGCCUUGCGCGGGAAUCGACAAGUUUUGUGGCAGACUGCAGUGCACCGACGUCACCCAUCUGCCCCGGCUGCAGGAGCACGCGUCAUUCCAUCACUCUGUGGUAGGCCGGGCUCAGUGCUUUGGGCUGGACGAACACCGUGGGACGGGCACAACCGAUGUCGGGCGUGUGAUCGACGGCACUCCCUGCGCUGGUGGAAAGUUCUGCAAUAACAGCCGGUGCAACGCCACCAUCGCGUCCCUGCACUACGACUGCCACCCUGAGAAGUGCGGUCACAGAGGGCUUUGUAACAACAGGAGGAACUGCCACUGCCACAUCGGCUGGGACCCGCCCCGGUGCCUGGCAAGGGGCGCUGGGGGCAGUGUCGACAGCGGGCCCCCUCCGAAAAGAAUGCGUUUCAUCACACAAAGCGAACAACCUGCGAUAUAUCUGAGGGUGACCUUUGGCCGCGUUUACGCCUUCAUAAUUGCACUGCUGUUUGGGGUGGCCACAAAUGUGCGGACUAUCAGAACCGCCACCGCUAAGGAAGUGGCAGUUACGGACCCUGAAUAAGAAAAAUGCAGCCUCCCCACCUCUGUAAAGACAGAGAGAAUAUAAAAGCCAAACCCGUGAAACAGGAGCAGGAGGACGGACGGCAAAGCUCAAAUCCACAUUUCUUGAAGUCCGUGGGAGGCACUGGGGGAAACGGGAGGCGCUGGCUUCUGUCCCAGGUUCUCGUAGGUCGCUGAUGCUCACCCUAAAAUAAAUCUUCAAAAUCGCAUUGGUGCCUUUUA